GUCAGCACUUUGGGCUAUGCAGACAUUUGUAACAGCUUAUCUCGAGAUCAAAACUGCCCAAUCGGGCACACGCACGCGAAGAGGGUCCAGACGGUUUAGGUUGAUGGUCUCGGUGCCGGGGCCUGGGACUGGGGCAGCGCAAAGCGGGCUGCGGGACUAUCGGCGGAGCACGACCGCGACCGCGUGAGCCUCCACGAGCACACCAUAUCUUUGAAACGGCCGCCAGCCCGCGCUUCCUCUGCUCUUUUGCCAGCGUCCCCUACCUUUUGCCCUCCACAUCCAUUGCCAUCGCCUUGCUCAGCGCGCGCUCGUGGUUGAAACGCGCUACAACCGGCAACUGCGCUGCACCGAGCUAUCGUCUGUCUACACGCAGCUCACAACAUGUCCAGGACGUCCGUCUUCACGACUUGUACCCCGCUGCCCGCGGGACUCACAAGACAGAGCGUGCUCGACAUGUACCACGCCCACACCGAGAUGAUCGAGCUGAACCCGCUCGUCAUCGAGCGCUUCAAGUGCAAGGCCCCAAGCUAUGCGCCCGCAGAGGAGCACCAUGCCACGUGGUACACGAUCAAAGACAAAGUUAACUACCUUCCCGGUGGUCUCGCUUCGUCCUCCGUCUCCUACCACGCCUGCUUCCACGACCUCCCCGAUGGCCUACAGACACACGUUUACGCGCCGCUUGGCCUUGAUAUCCGCGCGAAAUGGACGGUCGGCGGUUCACUACCAGGCGAGCCGAAGGCUCCCGCCGAGAUGGGCAUCGGUGCGCCGCGCGAAGGGCUCUACAUCCGUGAGGACGUGCGCAUGAAGUGUAACAUCAUGAUGAUGGGUUUUGUGAAGAAGACGUUCAAGGAGAGCCAUUCCACAAUGGUCGACCGUCUGGUUGAAAAGGCGCAUGUGCUAGAGAGCCGACAGGCCAACGAGCGACUAAAUGCGCUGAAGAACCUAGCACCAGGCGAGCGCAUGGGCCACGGGAGCAUAUUCAUUGCCCCUCCGCCAGGAUAUGGGGAAGAGCGGAAAAGCUACAACUAUGACGAUAAGCCGCUACCUCAGCCCCGAGAAAGUGUAUAUUCGGAUGGAAGCGCGAGGAGCUCCCCAGGACUGUCCCAGGCCAGCACGUUGACCAGCCAGAGCGAGUUCCCUCAGAAAUCUCCACAGUUUCACUAUCAGAUGCAGCGCCAACGAUCCCAGACGCAGUCGCAGGCCGAAUCAUACAACCCAUACCAAGACCAGCGCGGUUCGCUCGCGCCCUCGCAGUGGAAACCCGGUCAUUCGCAUUCACAUUCGCAAGACUGUAACCACACUUCCGGUCCUCAAUUUAGCGUCGGUCAGCAACCAAGCCCGGGCCAGCCAGACCCGCAAGCGCAGACUCUACCUAGCCUCUCCUAUCUCCCCUCCACCGUGUACAACCCGCACGCAAGCAACGCCCGCGACUCGCAAUACCAAGCCUACCAGCCCCCGCGCUCUGCCGAAUACCUGCACCCGCCGCCCGCCGAGCUGCCCGCACACAUGCAGGACUCACCCACGCUACCGCGCAAUCUGCGCGACGACCGCGAUAAGCAUCUCGCUGAGCUGCCUGCCUGAGCGAAAGAGACCCGUUAACGACGUCAUGUAUGUUCUGAUUUGAUUUGCUGUAUAUAUUGAAUGUGAUUGUACCUUUUGAGGGGACUUUGUGCUGGCACGGCCGUUUUGAAGGAUGGAUCUUGGGAUUGGGGGAAUGAAUCGUUUCAUUUGUAGAUACCCGCGCUGGGCUCGCAGUCAACUUGUCACGUACACUGAGAGAAGGAGUAUUGGAGCUUUUGGAAUGGAUAUUCGGUGCUAAGCUGGUGUAGAGAAUUUGGAAUAUGUGUUGCUUUUCAUCUACCAACCCCUGAAUGUACACGGUAUAGCUCGAUACCUCCGAUGCCAACCGAUCCUGGUUCCAGAACUAUCGAGAAUCAACG